UCAUAUAGACUCAAAAUGGCCUUAGAGAGCACUCUAGAGCUCGAAAACAACGAUGGAAGGGCGAAAAGUGACGCGAAUUUGCUAGUUGCGGAAGGGAAUACGGCUGGAGAUGACGAUGGAACGAAGGGAAAAGUAAUAGAGUCGGUAGAGAUGACAUUUAAGGACACAAUGAUACCGUCGUGGAAGGGGCAGUUGACACUUAGGGCGUUUGUGGUUAGCGCAAUAUUGGGUGUCAUGUUUAGUUUUAUAGUCAUGAAGCUCAAUCUCACGACGGGUAUCAUUCCAUCGUUAAAUGUAGCGGCGGGUUUAUUAGGUUUUUUCUUUGUGAAGACUUGGACAAAGGUGUUGGAGCGGUGUGGGAUCUUGAAGCAUCCGUUUACAAGGCAAGAGAACACUGUUAUCCAAACGUGUGUUGUUGCCACUUCAGGCAUCGCAUAUAGCGGGGGAUUUGGAAGUUACUUAUAUGGAAUGAGCGAUGCUAUCGCUUCACAGUCCUCAGACUCUGACUCGCCUACUCGAGAUAUGAACAUCAAGAACCCAAGCUUGGGCUGGAUAAUUGCUUUUCUCUUCACCGUUAGUUUCAUCGGCCUUUGCUCUGUGGUUCCUCUUCGAAAGAUCAUGAUCAUAAAGUUCAAGCUAAUAUACCCAAGUGGAACUGCAACUGCCCACCUGAUUAACAGCUUCCAUACCACUCAGGGUGCCAAGCUUGCCAAGCAACAAGUGAGUGCCUUAGGGAAGUUCUUCUCCUUGAGCUUCCUAUGGAGUUUCUUUCAAUGGUUCUUUGUUUCUAAUGAGGAUGAUUGUGGCUUUCAAAACUUCCCUACUUUUGGCCUCAAAGCUUACCAUAACAUGUUUUACUUUGAUUUCUCAACUAUGUAUGUUGGGGUAGGGAUGAUAUGCCCAUACAUUAUAAACGUUUCCUUGCUACUUGGUGCAAUCCUGUCAUGGGGGAUUAUGUGGCCACUCAUUGAGACACAAGAAGGCAACUGGUACAAAGCUGGUCUCGGUCCCAGCAGCUUUCAUGGCAUCCAAGGUUAUAGGGUUUUCCUCGCCAUAGCCAUAAUCCUUGGAGAUGGACUCUACAACUUCGCCAAAGUACUUACAACUACCGGAAUCGCGUUGUACUGUCAGCUAAAAAACAAAGAAUCAAGAGCCGUUCUACCGGUAGCUGCCACCGAUGGUGCGAGGCAAGAAGCUACAUCUUUUGAUGACCAGCGUAGGCUGCAAAUGUUUAUGAAGGAUCGGAUACCAACAUGGUUAGCCGUUGGCGGGUACGUAGCAAUAGCUGCGGUUGCAACGGUUACACUCCCUCAGAUAUUCAACCCACUUGAAUGGUACUAUGUGGUUGUAAUUUACCUUUUCGCCCCAGCAUUAGCGUUUUGUAAUGCGUACGGGUGCGGGCUUACUGACUGGUCGCUAGCGUCAACUUACGGGAAACUGGCUAUUUUCGUGAUCGGCGCGUGGGCUGGUAAGUCACAAGGUGGUGUGUUGGCUGGGCUAGCCGCGUGUGGGGUGAUGAUGAACAUAGUGUCAACCGCUUCGGACCUAAUGCAAGAUUUCAAAACUGGAUACUUGACCCUGGCUUCACCACGGUCCAUGUUUGUGAGCCAAGUGAUUGGGACCGCAAUGGGGUGUGUGAUUGCACCGUGUGUGUUUUGGAUCUUCUAUAGUGCUUUUCCGGAUCUUGGGCAACAAGGGUCCGAGUACCCAGCACCAUAUGCGGUCGUGUAUAGAAAUCUUGCUAUUUUGGGAGUCGAAGGGUUUGGGUCGCUCCCAAAGCACUGUUUAGCACUUUGUUACGCGCUAUUUGCAGCUGCAAUCCUUACAAACGUCGUUCGAGACACUGUGCCCAAGAAGUGGGCUAGGUUUGUUCCAAUCCCUAUGGCAAUAGCGAUACCGUUCUACAUUCCACAGCCAUUCGCCAUCGACAUGUGUGUGGGGAGCUUGAUUCUUUUCAUAUGGGAAACGAGGGACAAAGCAAAAGCUAAUGCUUUCGGACCAGCUGUGGCUUCCGGUUUGAUUUGUGGUGAAGGGAUCUGGUCUGUGCCCAAGUCCAUAUUGGCUUUGGCCAAGGUGAACCCCCCGAUUUGCAUGAAGUUUUUGUCGAGGCGUACGAAUCUAAAGGUCGAUGAUUUUCUAGCGACGCUAAGUCGUUAGCGUCAAAUAACACCUCGUGUUGUUGCGCGUUUUUAGUACUUUAUAUGUUGUAAAUUUUCGUUUCAUAAACUAUCUUUUGGGUGUUUUGGAUGUUGAUUAUAUUGAGCAUAUGUACUAUGUUAUGUAUAAAGCCACCUUGUGCAUGUAUGUGCAUCCUGGGAAACGAG